CCCGGGCAGCAGAGGCGAGAGGCGGCGCGGCGCGGGCAGCAGAGGCGUCCGAGUUGGAGGCGGCGGCGGGCUGGGUGCGCUUUGUCGGGCGCUGCGGCGGCCGCGCGGAGCGGCUGCGAGGGAGGCAGGGCAGCGGCAGGAGCCUGGCGAGCUUGGCGAGCGAGCGCCGUGGGCAAUGUCGGGCGGGCGGAGGGCGAGCGGCGGGCCGGGCGGCGGGCGAGCGCUGGUGCUGGGCGCUGUGCUGCUGGGCCUGUGCUGGCGGGCGGCGGCGGAGCGGCUCCGCUACUCCAUGGCCGAGGAGCUGCCCAGAGGCUCGCUGGUGGGGCCGCUGGCCCGGGACCUGGGGCUCAGCGCCCACGAGCUGCCGGCGCGCAAGCUGCGGGUGGCGUCUGCCGGCAAAAAGCAGCUGAAAUACUUCACGGUGAGCGAGACAAACGGGAACCUGUACGUGAACGAGAGGCUGGAUCGGGAGGAGCUGUGCGGCGAGUCGUUGUCCUGCUCGGUCAGCUUCGAGGCGCUGGUGCACAACCCGCUCAACGUUUUCCGUGUCGAAGUGGCCAUUGAGGACGUGAAUGACAACUCCCCGGCCUUCAGCAAGGAUGCCCUGGACCUCGAGAUCAGUGAAUGGACAGUUCCAGGUGCUCGUUUUCCUCUGGAGAUGGCCCGAGAUGCGGACGUGGGAAGUAAUUCCCUGAUUACUUAUCAACUCAGCAGCAACCCGUCCUUCAGUCUGGCCGUGAAGGAGAUCACGAGUGGAAAGAAGCAGCCUGAAUUAGCGCUGGAGAGAGCGUUAGACAGAGAGAAGCAGAGCUUCUUUGAGCUGGUGCUGACGGCAGUGGAUGGCGGAGACCCCGCGAGGUCCGGGACUGUUCAGGUUCGGGUCAACGUGACGGACGCCAACGACAACCCGCCCGUGUUCAGCAAAAGCAUCUACGAGGCGCGAGUGGCGGAGAAUCUGCCGGCGGGGUCGCUGGUGCUGCAGGUACGGGCUACGGAUGCGGACGCAGGGUCCAAUGGGCGGGUCUUCUACUCGUUUAUCAACAUCCCGGCCGGGAUCCGCGAGUUGUUCUCUAUCGACAAAGAGAGUGGUGAGAUCAGGACCGAGAGGCCCCUCGAUUUCGAGGAGGCGACUAAAUACAGCUUGGGUUUGGAAGCCAGGGAUGGGGGCGGACUCAUUGGUCACUGUGAAGUGCAGAUAGACGUCAUAGACGAGAACGACAACGCGCCCGAGAUCACCAUUCUGUCACUGUCGAGCCCCGUACCCGAGGACGCACCAGUCGGCACCGUGGUAGCCCUGCUGAACGUGAACGAUCCCGACUCCGGCGAGAACGGUGAGGUGUCGUGCGAGCUGUCGGGGGAGGCGCCGCUGUCGCUCGUGGCGUCGUCGGGCGGCUCUUCCAAGGUGGUGACGACGAGCGCGCUGGACCGCGAGCAGGCGUGCGAGCACCGCGUGACGGUGGUGGCCCGGGACCGGGGCAGCCCGUCGCUGUGGAGCAGCAGGGAGCUGGUGCUGGAGGUGUCGGACGUGAACGACAACGCGCCGGUGUUCGAGGAGGCGUCGUACAGCGCGUACGUGCGGGAGAACAACUUGGUGGGCGCGCUGGUGUUGCGCGUUGUCGCUCGGGACUCGGACGCGGGCGCGAACGGGCGCGUGAGCUACUGGCUGUCGGGCGGCAGCGCGGGCGCGGCGGGCGCGGCGCCGCUGGUGUCGGUGGAGGCGCGGAGCGGCGCGGUGUACGCGCAGCGCUCGUUGGACUACGAGCAGUGCCGCGAGUUCGCGGUGGCCGUGCGGGCGCAGGACGGCGGGUCGCCGGCGCGCAGCUCGACGGCCACGGUGCGCGUCUUCGUGCUCGACCAGAACGACAACGCGCCGCGGGUGCUCUACCCGCCCCCGGCAUCGGGAGCGUCGGGAGCAUCGGUGGGUUCGGCCUUCGAGGUGGUGCCGCGUUCGGCGUCGGCCGGCUACCUGGUGGGCAAGGUGGUGGCGGUGGACGCGGACGCGGGGCGCAACGCGUGGCUGUCGUACGAGCUGGUGCAGGCGUCGGAGCCGGCGCUGUUCCGCGUGGGGCUGCAGAGCGGCGAGGUGCGCACAGCGCGGGCCGUGUCGGAGAGGGACGCGGCCAAGCAGCGCCUGGUGGCCGUGGUGAAGGACCACGGCGAGCCGGCGCUGUCGGCCACGGCCACGCUGCACGUGGUGCUGGCCGAGAGCUUGCAGGAGGCGCUGCCGGAGCUGAGCGAGCGGGCGGCGGGCGCCGAGGCGGCGGGCGAGCUGCAGUUCUGGCUGGUGCUGGCGCUGGCGCUGCUGUCGGCGCUCUUGGUGCUGAGCGUGGCGCUGUUGGUGCUGGCGCGGCUGCGGCGGGCCGGGCCGCCCGCCGUGCUGCGCUGCCUGGGCGCGCAGCGCUUGUCGCUGGCCGGCGCCGCCUUCCCGGCCGACUUCUGCGAGGGCACCUUGCCCUACUCCUACAACCUGUGCGUGGCGGCUCCGCCCCGCGCCGCCGCCGAGGCCGCUUGGCCGCCGCCGCCGCUGCCCAUCGUGCCCGCGGAGGAGCUUGUGGCCGGGGAGCCCUGCGAGAAGCCGAGUCCGAGCAGCAGCGCCGUCCUGGGAGAUCCGCCCGCCGACCCCGACGCACCACAGCUUCCCGUGCUCAAGGCAGGGCGGGCAUGUCUCGUUGGCGCUCGGUUCGUGCAGUGCCGGGAGGAGGCUGCGGGCGCCGCUGUUGACCGAGAGGAGCGAGAGGAAGGUGGGAGCGCUGCAGCCCCGCCCGCUGCGGCCCGGCUCGAUCGCUGGAUCGCUGGAUUCCUGGGUCGGGAAGCGGUCUGUUUCCAAACGACCCGGCGGUGGGGAUUCGAGAUAAAGCAAGGCGGAGUGGCCGGCGACAGCAGCCUAGAGCAGCAAGUCGUAGCCGGAGCGGGAGCCUGA